GAUUACACUCUCAACGACUUGGACCCCGAGACAGGCAUUAUGCGACCCGUGGCCUCAUAUUUUGGGGCCCGACGUUUGUUUGAAAAGUUACAGGGAGUGGAGGUGCACUGGCCCAAUGGCAAAAAGAUACAGCCACCCGAUGUUCCCUAUUGUGGGUUCACAGGCGAUGCACCACAUUGCGUUAUUAAAGACAUCAUUUUCCCCGAACAUGUGGUCAAAAGCAGACAAUCGGGAGGAAAGUCUGUUAUGUCACUUACCUUUUCUGAAACUGAUGGAUACGCGGCCUCUGGAAAGGCAUCGACAGCUAAGGUCGGGUCAGUCGUCAACUCACUGGUCAGCGCCGCCGGAGUUAUCGAUUCAGUUCUGGUCGCCUCUUAUAAGGGGAUCAGAGUUGCGGUCAAACCGUUGAAAAUAAAGAGAUUGAAUUUGAGUCGAGAAUUACUACAAGAAUUGAAAUCUAUGCGGGAGCUGACUCACGAGAAUUUGGUCAGAUUUGUGGGGUUGUGUCCGGAUGAGCAAAAUCUAGCCGUUGUGACCGAACUCUGCAUUAGAGGCAGUCUUCGGGAUCUGUUGGAGAACGAGAAGAUCAACAUUGACUGGAAUUUCCGGUACUCUAUGAUGACAGACAUCGUGGAGGGCAUGAUAUUC